GCCUACGUGGUUAACCAUGCGCAAACAUAAGUCAGGAUAUAUUGAUUUCAAGACUUCCGGGAAUCGUAUGAUGGCAUGAAUUAUUCCAUGGUAGAGAGUAUUAACGUAGUGCGUAUAGCCUAUUAUACUACAUGAAAUUCUCAAAUUCGAAUACUACGAGGUUUUAAUUUCAUUUGUGUAUCGUGAAAGAACAGCGUUAAAGCUAUUUCUCGUUGAGUGUUUCAGAUACUCGGUAUUCAUGAGGUCAGUUUUCGCGUGAAGUGCGAAAUACUAUUUUAUGAAGAGUAUGUCAAAUGUUUGUCGCGACUUUUCUAAACGUAUUUAAGUGAAUUGGAAACCAGGUAACAAUUAGUUUCUUGAAGCAGUGUGAGCAGAGCUGAUACCGGAAUAUUGCAGGCAGAGUUUCAUUAAAGUCACUUGAUGAGCUGGAAUGAUAUACAUGGAAUUGAACAACAAAAUUGGUUCUAUGGAAAACAACAUCACAACUGCCAUUUUGAUGACCGCGUCGUACACAUUUUCUGAAUUUGAUGAGAAAUGAUUUUCAGGUAUCAAUAAUACUACCAUGUGUCUCACUCACGCUGGGUUUGAUUGGUAAUAUCUUGGCAAUUGCAUCACUUUUAUAUCGAAGAUUUCGACCACUUCGUCUUAUUGUUUAUCAAUCUAUACGUAGAGCAACCAGCCAACAACCAACAGCUGUGCGGACUGGAAACUUUCACGGUAUAAAAGAAGAAGCCAAAAAAUUCGGUGUAAUACACAUUAUUGUAAUUGUACUCCUAUCUGUUGAUAUAAUUGGCAUUGUUAUAACUUCUACAAUAACAAUAAAUCGUUAUGCUACAAACCUGGAAAUGCAGGAAUCUCUGCUUCGUUUGCAAAUAUUCAAUUUCGUAUUUAUUACACUAUUGGUUCUGUCUUUAAUAAUGUUGAUUGCGAUAGAUCGAAUCAUAGCACUCAAAUUCGCUUUUCGCUACAAUGCCGAAGUGGGAAAACGGGCAUAUCAGGUGUUGUAUGUCAUUGGCAUUAUAUUUCUGUUUGACAUCGUUUUUUCACUAUUACCUAUCACUGGUGUUGUAAACACGUGCGUGUCUCCUUCCUAUAGCGUUCCAAGAGGAUGUUCACAGCAAUCAGAAUAUUCGGUAUAUCUUAUAUUCUUUGUAAUAUUGGGGUUAAUCCUGGUAUCUGUAACACUUGUAUGUAAUGUGUUAUCUCUUAUCGAAAUUGCAAGAAAUUUGAAGAAAAAAAUUCGAAUGGUAUCAAAUUAUUGUGAGCAAGGAUGGAGAAUGACAGAAGUUCAUAAAUUUGUACAAAUAAUAUUAGUUACGAUUUCAUGUUUUUCAUGCUGGUUACCUCUACUGAUCAGAAUUUUAAAGAAUCAAGUGAAAGUUGAUACAAACUACAGUCAAGACAUUAUUGCAAUUCAGCUGACUAAUGUUAACCUUAUAGUAAAUCCUUGGUUAUAUUGGCUACUACGUGAAAGCAAUUUGAAGCGUUUUGUUGACUUCUUAAAAUAAUUUUGCACUACA